CGGCUCAAGUUCCAACAAGCUCCGUUUCUCAAACGCCAAACCCCACAACCUUUAUAGUUCCACCUAAAAUCAACUACAACAAAACUAAUGGUGUAUCUAAUGGCAUAUCUGAAAUAGAUCCAACCGGCAGUGGAAUAUUGUUUGUGUCGGGGGUGAUCACAUCGUUUAUGAACAUUUUCGGAUGUAUAGUAAUAUUCGUAUUAUCGUAUCGUACGUCCAAAAAAUUACUAGAACCGCUCUCACCAACACAGCGCUUUCCAUUAUACAUGGCAGUGCUAGACCUUCUGACAGCAAUAUUCAUCAUCCCUAACUUGCUAUACCCAAUGAUUCAUAAUAGGCUUCUACCAGGCGCAUGGUGUAUAGUCAUGGGAUUUGGAAUGUCAACAUUGAUUAGCAUGAACAUGAUGUUAAUGGCCAUUAUUGCUGUCAUUACAUAUUUGAGUGUCUGUCAUAAAAAGACUGGGGCAUCCGGGGCUAAAGAUUGGGCACUGUUUGCAUCUACUAUCUUGCCUUCGCUCUCUAUAGCUGUUAUCACUUUGGCAAUGAACGGAUAUGGACCUGAUACUUUUUGGUGCUUUACUCAACGCUCGGCGUCUGGGAGUCAAGUAAAUCUUGUCGCAAUGGUUGCUUUUGCAUAUAUCGUGACAGCCGUAACGACGUUCUGCUAUCUGAACGUAAUAAAACGAAUUCACAAUGUAGAAUCACUGUUAUCCGCUGGAAUCCUUAAAAAGUCGCCUAAAUCCAUGUCACGACGCACUUCAGACAUACCGAUGUACAACCUUAAUUCCCCGAGUAUAAGCGAGAGACAUGAUGAGAGGAGAAAUAGUCGAUACACCAACAAAUCCGCAUCAUACCAAGAUUUAAGCCUACCAGCAGUCUUAAUGGCCUCUACCGUGCAUAGAAAUUUGACAAAAGCCGAGAAGCGAAUCGCUUUUAAAGUAACUCGCGCUACACGCAGAAUGUCGUCUUAUAUCUUCCUACAAUUGAUCCAGUACACGCCAGUGAUUAUAUACUGUUUAUGUUUGCUGGUAGGUGCGAACGCAGCAUGGGUGUAUGUUUUAACGAUCACGAUUCUAAAUCUUGGUGGAGUAGCGAAAGCUAUUGCGUACGUACGGAACGAGCAUAUGACAUUGAAACAAUCGGCUGUGAAUCCGUCAAAAGAAAAUGCAUCACCAGAGCAUAGCAAAAGGACUGCACUUCGUCCAAUAUCAUCUUCAAUGUAUGAAAGUUCGAGGGAGUACUUGUCUCCUAUGACGAGUACGUUUAAAUCAGGCAGUUCGAUUAGUUUUACGUCAUCUGUUGGAGAGUAUAGUGAUGAUGGGUCGAACGGAAUGAUUCCGAUUAUUUUAUCGCCAACAGUUAGUGAAAUGUCAACGCUGACUUCCGCACGGACUCUACGAGAAGGCGAUAGGUAUUCCGAUAACUAUUACGAUAACUAUUCCGAUAGGUAUUCUGGUAGAUACUCCGAUAGGUACUCUAGCGGAUACUCUAAUAGGUACUCCGACGAUCGGUCCACUGUAGCCACUACAGUAGAUUAUCCGCUCUCUCCAGUUCCGCCCUCUCCAGUCUCUUCCUUGAUGAAUGUUGUCUGGAACCGUAGCGGUGAUAGUUCUGAAUCCGCUAAUGCAGUCAACCGUCCGGUGGAAGAAGGAUAUAUUCACGUGGACGAAGAGAAGGUGGAUCCAUUUUUGCAUUCUGGAUGGACUGAAGUUGAGGAUGAGAACGAGAGUAUUGCUGACAAUGAUGAAGACCGUAUGUGA